AUGGGUCUGGCAGACCUUUGGUCCUACGCACAGCUUAUUUUCACCGCUAUUGGGAUUAUAGCUGUCGUCCAUCGUUUCCUCCUCUCAAACCGUGAUAACGUCACCGAACUCACCACAUUUCAACCUCCGGUAGAGGAUGAGACCAUCAAUAUUCAACAAAUCGAAUCCAUGUACGGCGACAUCUCUGCUACAACAGGUAACGGACCUCGCAAAAAACUGCGAUGCGGCGACUACUCAAUUGGCAUCAUCACCGCACUGCCGAACGAGAUGAAAGCAGCCAAAUCUGUGCUGGAUGAAGAACAUGAACCACCUGCCGAUUUCCGCAAACCCGACGUCGAUUAUAACCACUACGUUUGGGGAAGUAUGUCGACGCAAAGCGAAGCGGCGCACAACGUAGUGAUCGCCUCCUUUCCGGCAAGGAAACCUGGAAUCGUUACCGCUGCCGAUGUCGCCAGGCUAAUGGUCACCACAUUUCCAUCCAUCCGACUAGGUCUGAUGGUCGGCAUCGGUGGUGGUGUUCCCACUUCCAAUGACAUCCGCCUUGGGGAUGUUGUUGUCUCCCUAGGAUCUGGAACAACUGCUGGCGUAGUUCAAUACGAUUUUGGAGACGAGGAGGAAGAGGGAUUCGAGCGCAAAGGACAGUUGAACAGUCCGCCGGCGGCUCUUCUGAGUGCCAUAACUGCCUUGAAAGCGUGCGACUCGGCAUCUUCACUGAUCAGAACAGUGAUAAGAGCGUCCUCGAAGAUUCAGGAGACUGAUUUGAAUCUGGACAACGAGCCUACCUAUACCUAUCAAGAUGUGAAAAUCAUGAGAACCGACCUUCAGAAGAUAUCUGACAAACAGAUCCAUGACUGGCUGAAACCAUCUGACCAACAGACCAAUUUCGACCAAGCUCAGAAUGAAAUAGAACGCUACCAAACGGAGAGCACCUGGUUCUUCGAACACGAAGACUACAGAGACUGGUCAUCUCAUGGGAUUCACCACAUCUGGUUGCAUGGGCAGUCUGGCUGUGGGAAGACUGUUCUUGCCUCCACUGUGGUAAAACAGCUCUCAGCAGAGGGGAAGCUGUGCCUCUACUUCUUCUUUGAUUUCCGAGACCUGAAGAAGCAAUCACUUGACUCUCUCCUCCGUUCGCUCAUCUGGCAACUUUUCUCGCGCUCCGACUACGAAAACGUGAAAACCCUGGUGCGACAGUUGUACGAGGACCGGAAUUCUCCAACUCCGACAAUAAAGAAGCUGAGAGACAUGUUCGAUAAGAUGGUAGAAGAGGAGGGUGAGGUCCAAGUGGUUCUUGACGCUCUCGAUGAAUCAACAAGAAAAGGCACUGACAGAGACGAACUUCUGCGAUGGCUGAAACCACGAACGCACAAGAUAUCGUGA